AUGAACCUACACAACUGUGGAGAAAGUCAAAUGUGUCAGAAUACGGUUGGCGGAUACAAUUGCGUUGACCGUUGCUCACUUGGCUACGAAUAUUUGAAUGGCGAAUGUGUAGAUGUGGAUGAAUGUCGUCUGAAGAACGUGUGCGAUCCUCGCGCCCAAUGCAUCAACACCCCAGGAGGAUUCCAAUGUAAAUGCGAUGCCGGUCUAACCGGAGAUGGAAAUCACUGUGAACCGAUCACUGACUGUAGCCAACAAGAGGAUAUCUGUGACCGACAUGCGUUCUGUAUCAAGUCGUUGAAGUUAUGUCUUUGUCAGACCGGCUACGUUGGCGAUGGAAUAACUUAUGUGAACGAAUGUGCAACGGUGGACAGCCCGUGUGCGAAUCAGACAGGUCACCGUUGCGUGAACAUCAAUGGCGGCUACAUCUGUUGCGAUGACGACGUCGACGAUGACCGAUGUAUCAAAGACAAGGGCGCCUUCUGUGCUGGUGGAUGUGGACUGCACGCGGUGUGCUACAACCAGACCUGCCAAUGCAUGGAGGGAUUCGUUGGGGAUCCCCAUUCAAGAUGUAUAGAUGUGAACGAAUGCGAAUCGGACAACAUGUGCGCUGGAGUGGGCCAGUGGUGUGUGAACAAAAUGGGAGGUCAUCUGUGCUGCUCUUCGGAAAGCGAAGAACCUGAAUGUCAGGUA